AUGCUGUCCAACAUUGUCAUCGCGUGCUGUGUGCUGAUCGGCGCGCUCAUCAAUUCGGCGCCGCUCGACGAGCUUCAGGCCGACAAAUUCUGCGAGAAGUUCCCGACGCUUCACAUGUGUCGCCUACGCGACGAGCUCACCGGCUCGCUAGUCGAAUUGCAAUAUCUGCUGCAAGACGGUCCCGAGAGUGUCACAGUGUUGUCCGGCGACGCGCCGCAACAAAUUCAGAAGCGCAAGUCGGCGUUCGUCCGAUUCGGCAAACGAUCGCCGCCGACCGAGGCCAUCGAUAUGGAGAAGCGCAAGUCGGCGUUCGUCCGCUUCGGACGAUCCGCGUCAAGCGAUCCAUUGGAUCUGGCCAAGAAGAGCCAAUACAUUCGAAUGCCGCCGAAAAUACGAUCCAUCGAUCCAGCGGAACCCGUUCGAAUUGUUGAGAUCGUUGGCGGAACGAACUCGUACUCGUCAUUGCGAAUGCCAAAUCUCAGCCGUCGUGAGCUCGAUAGUACCACUCAGGACCAACUCAAUUCGGGACCAAACUUGAUUGAAAUUGUUGAGGGACCAUACAAUUUUUUGGCUUACUUCCAAUAA